AGCCGUAAAGCAAUCGUGAGAUUAACGUCACUCCAGUGCGCGAUCGAGCCGCUAAUGUGGGCGUGUGUGUCUCCUGAUACAUGAAACACACGGGUCAGGAGAAAAGGAGAAUUCUCAAGGUGAACUCUACUUUGUGGAUCGAGUGGAUCGAGUGGAUCGAAAGGAUCGAAAGCAUCGCCGUAGUCGGAGAGUGGGAGGCUCCUCCUGGAGAAGUCUCGCAGGCAGCCGUGUGGAGUCACAGGCGGAAUUGUAGUUUAGUAGCAGGAGUUAGUGGGUGGGUGAGCGCAGCCACACGUAUUGGUACUUUGGUAGUGGGCUAUUGGUAUAGAGCCUCUACGGAGCGAAGCGCUCUAUUGUCCGGGAACGGAAUUCUCUGGGUCGCAGAUUCUGAGCUUCUCCUCUCCCUUCUCAUAGAACCAAGUACCUUUGCGGUUGACGCCUGACUGCAGCCGGAGCCACUCUCUCUCUUGGCGUUGGACCAGGGCCGGCCAAGUUUACCAGGACCAUAAUGCUACGUGCAUGGCAGUACGUACGAGACCGAGUUAAUAAUAAUUCACUCUUGAUGCAUGAUGCACGUAGCUACCACGACAAUUAUCCGUAUCAUCUCCUUGGAAACAGGUUAGUUGAUUUUAAAAAUGCUUCGAGACCCCAUUGGCGUCUCUCUUAAGAACGCCUGCUCCGGCGUUGCGUCCCACGCUACUCCACGCUCCUACGUGCCUCUGCACUUCUUGACUACACCUAACCUGCUCUUUUGCAUUUGUAUUGUCCGAGCAAGGCCAGCCAUGGACUAAAGUGUCUACGCACUGGGAUUUACGAUCCGUGCGAGUUCCUGUUAAACGCUAACGAAUGUCAUCCACACAAUACGCUUACGUUACGCAAUAGCGCGAUCCCUCCUCUCUCUCUCUCUCUCUCACCCUUUCUGCUAUGCUUUAUACAAGACAUCGGAUGGAACAGUGAGCCUGGAUUACACUUUACGAGUAGCAUAGGAGCAAUGCACAGUGGCUAAGCUCGGGUGCGACUAUGGAAACCCUUGUCCCUUGUUCUUUUGUUCAUCUGCCGUGCGAAAAGAAAAGUUCCUUUUCAGUCGUGGCUGAAUUCUCGCAACUUGUACUAGCGAGGAGUCGCGUCUCACUUUGGGGCCAUAGUAAAAUGCAUUUCGAACAUAUCACUCCUUACAUCAAUGUUUUCGCUUUAAGAUUACCUUGUACU